AUGAUCACCAAUGACGACCCAAUUACCGAUGGUAUGCUUUUCCGCAAAGGUGACUUUCGCGAUACCAUCCCACUUUUCGCUAGUACGCCUGUAGAUGUUCGAUUCUAUACGGCUGACUACGCCGGACCUAUGAUGCUGCACUGUCACAAUCUUGGACACGAGGACAAGG